AUGAAUGAAGACAUAUAUCACAUCAUAUUAGAGAUUCUCUUUGAGGAUUUUCUUUCACUCGAGUUCAAUUAUAUAGAUUUAAAACUCGUCAGCAAAAAUUUUUCAAAAAUAGUUGAUAAAAUAAUCCAUUCAAAAAUACAAGAAUUUGCAAGUGGAUCUUAUAGAAAAGAUCAUAUUCUUCAUUUGGAAUUUCGUCCUUCAUAUGAUUUUAACAAACAUAAAAUUCGUAAAUAUUAUAAUGAAACAUACAUUUAUAACAAUCUCAUCUGGACCAGACCUGCAUAUAUUCAAGAAGAUAUUAUGGAGUUAAAUGAAAAAAAUGAAAAAAUACCCAUUGUUAGCAAUCGAUAUAUCUUAUUUCAUUCUAAAAUAAUUCAUGAUUUUUACAAUUCAAAAGCUGAAUUGCAAAAAGAGCUAUUAAUGAAAAAUAGAUAUGAUGGUACUUUUCACUGGGUUCCGAGUGGUAAAGAAUACUAUCAAAUAACUAAUGAAAAUUUAAAUUAUAAUAUUUACGAGAGUAAAUAUUACAACUUCAAUAUUCUAAAGCCUGACAUCUAUAACGAAUUGAUAGAUAAAAUUAUCAACAUUGAUUCUCGAGAAAUUGAUGAAAAAUAUAAAUUUCUCUAUUCAUAUAUUCAAAGUCGAAGGGACCUCAAUAGAAUAUACAUUCAAUUAAAGUUAG